GUCAGCUUCGAACACUAAACCUACAUCUCAUUUUAUUAAAGCGUAAUGUUAAGUUCAUAACGGUCAAUUUACCCGCCGGAGAAAAAGAAAUCCACGACCUCAUCCGUUGCCAUCUCCUUUGGAAAAACCCCAACAGCCAUGAAACCACUUUCCCGAACAGUCACCAACAUCUCCAUUGAAGUUUCUGAAAAUCCCUCUUCCUCCUCCAAAAUCCCAUUUCGACCUCGCAAAAUCCGAAAAAUCUCUUCAAAACACCCCAUUUCGGCCACCACCGUGGCCGCCGUCAAACCCUCUCUUGGCCCCAAAAUCACGAAACAAUUAUCCUCCAAAUCGGAGAUCGACCUCGCUCUCAACCAUCUACGCGACUCAGAUCCCCUUCUCGCUUCCAUAAUCGCCGCCCAUCGCGCGCCAACCUUCGAUUCUCACAACCCUCCAUUCCUCUCCCUAGCCAGAAGCAUCCUCUACCAGCAACUCGCCACCAAAGCUGCCAACUCAAUUUACACUCGCUUCCUCGCACUCUUCUCCGGCGAAGAAUCUGGGGUCCUCCCCAACGCCGUCCUCUCCGUCACCGCAAAACAGCUCCGGGAAGCCGGCGUCUCGAACAGAAAAGCCAGCUAUCUCCAUGACCUGGCAGAUAGGUAUGUGAAAGGAACGUUGUCGGACACUUCAAUUCUAGAAAUGAACGACGAGGAACUUCUGACGGCGUUGACGGCGGUUAAGGGGAUAGGGGUUUGGUCAGUGCAUAUGUUCAUGAUCUUCUCGUUGCGUAGACCUGAUGUGUUGCCGGUGGGUGACCUGGGUGUGAGGAAAGGGGUGAAGCUUCUUUACGGGCUUAAAGAGCUGCCGGGUCCUAUGCAGAUGGAGCAGAUUUGCGAGAAAUGGAGGCCUUACAGGUCCGUUGGGUCCUGGUAUAUGUGGCGUUUGGUGGAAGGUAACAAGGCGUCUGGAGCAAAUUUGCAGGAACAGAAUUAAGCUCAGAAUUCAUUGAUGGCAAAAUGAUGAUUUGGUGUUUGAAUUUCUACCGUUUCGUUGUGUAAAACUCUGAUUGAAGUUAAAUCUUGUUUUCUGCAAAUGUUAAAAUGCACUUUGAUUCUGGGUAAAUCUUGUUGCGUGUGAUAGAAAAUUGUUAAUUUGGAAAUGCCAUUGAAUUGGAAGAUGGGCCUUUAGGGCCCAUUUUGAAGGCUA